AUGGCUGAAGUUGCCGGCCUCGUUUUAGGCGCAACUUCCGUCGUCAUUGAGGCUUUAGAGGCUUAUGAAAAAUUGAGAACGAAGUCAAGCAGAGGUCGACGAGGCUACCAGGAUCUGAAACUUGAGCUGGAAAUCAAUCUAUUACGCUUGCGCAGGAUCCUGGAAAUCUUGUUGAAAGACACAUCAUUUGAGUCUAGUACACUCGAUGAUUUACUAUCAAACCCAACGAGCUCACAAUGGCGAAGUCCUAUGGUGGAGGUCGCUUUGAGGCGACGACUCGGGUCAGCGUACCCAGCCUUCCUUCACUUGACGACGAACAUCUUCGAGACCGUAUCGUCGAUCGAAAAAUCCUUCCAGAGGAUCGCAAACGGCUCCAAGGCAACGAUAGCCUGGAGGGUGGCAUAUGAUGCCAAUAGCCUUUCGGAUCAAUUAGCAACCUUUCAAAAGCUGAAUUCAGAAAUUGAACAUCUUGCCCAAUCUGCCCAAGAACCGUUGGAAAAAGCUCGACUUGCUGAGAGCCGAGACCACUAUGGAUCGGAUUGGCUGAGGCUUGGAGUCGAGGCUGGCGCCCGGGUCAGUGUUGGUGCUGAAGCUUCUUUCGAGCGCCCAGAAUAUGACCGUGUCGAAACUGGGAGCUCUUACACCGUGGACUCUGAGACUAGCUCAGACAUCUCUAGCCUUAGCUACCUGCCGAUAUCACUAGAGGCAGCCGACUUGCCACAGCGUAAAGUACAACAGGACGCGCUACUCGACACAGGCGCCACGCAUUGCGCGAUUUCGCUGAAUGCAGCUUUGCAGCUCGGCCUGGAGAUCGAAGAGGACGAACAAGAGGAAGAAGUCGUCAUCAGGACCGCUGCCUUGGGUCAACUCUUACUCGCAAAGGGCCGAGCCCAUUUGACUCUACGCUGGCAGGAUCAGCACGGAAAGUCGCGCGGAACGAGGAUCUGGGUAUCGGUCGUCCCUCAUCUAAACCACGGUGUGCUUCUCUCACACGACUUUACCAAGAAUCACCCCGAGGUCUGGAAUGUGGCGAAAGUGAUUGCUCAUACCGUGGAACAGUUCAACGUCACAUGGUUCAACAAGAUCAGUAAAGAACAGCUGGAAGCGGAAGAUGACUUCAGACGGAGGCAGGAGUCUGAGAAUGCCGCCAACGCCGAAAAGGAGAGGAAGAAACGCCUCGCCGAACUGGACGAUGUGAUUGCAAGUGCUAGUACGACUCCACAGCCAGGAUCGACCGCGCCUUCGAUUGCAGGAUCGUCCGCCUCGAACGCGCCAUCGUCGACUACGACUGGCUCAUCAGUAUCAGCUACUAUGACAUUUGGACCCAAGCCAUAG